AAAAAAAAAAAAAAAAAAAAGAAAGUAGAGCAAGUAUUUAAAAAAUAAGGGAGUAAUUUGUUUAUCUAAGGAAUAAAUGAAUCAUUAAGGUUGACCAAAUCACAUCUACGAAGGAAAGCACCAACUUUGUUUUGGAGCCAAAAUAAGACAAAAUCACAAUAGCAAUCACCAUUUCCGCAAUUACGCUCAUCACCAUUAAAUUGAACCCCACAAAAUUCCCACCUAAAUUCUUCAAUCUUCAAAAAUGUUUACACAUAAACUUGUACAACAAAAUUUGCUCUUCAUUUGACAUUCCCAAUACAAAAAAUGGCAACUUCAUCAUUCAAAUCUUCCUCAAAAAGACCCACUACUUCAUCUUCAACCUCUUCAACUUCCAUUAAUAAGCAGCCAUUGCAGCAGCAUUCAAGAAAGCCACAAUCUUCGACCCAGAAACCUCUUCCUCGAAGAUCGAGAAGUGUGAGCUCAUUUCCGAGGACCCAAUUGGAUAUAACCUCGGAAUUCCAGAACAAAAGGGAUAAUCCUCUCUUUUGGGUUGAUGGGUCACCCAAUAAUUCCGAGGAAGAUAUUGAUUUGGUGAAGUUGUCCAAUUUUGAGAUCCCUAAAAUUGUUGGGGUUGAUAAUUUACAUAAUUUGAAGGGUGAUUUUGAUGGUGGUGGAGAUAGUAGGAGAGGGAGGUCAGUUUUGAGGAACUCCGGCGGCGAGCCGAAGUUCUCUAAUGGUGGUUUUGGUGGAGGAAGGAAGGGUAUUGGCCGGAGCUUGUCUAGGGUUGAUACUGGACGGCGGCGGCGGUCUUCGUCUCGAGGGCACUAUGGUAAUUCUGAGUGUGAAAGGGAGCAGGUAAGUGAAUCGUUGAAUUCUAGAAGCAGAAGUAAGAUCAGUUCAGAAGCAAAUCGUGCUUUGGUUGAUAAAAAGAGCAAUCUGGCUAGAAGUGCUUCUGAUUUCUCUGAAUUACUGAAAGGCCGGAAUACUUGGUCAAGUCAGCAUCCUGCCUCUGAGACUUCAGAUGAUUCUGCCAUAAAUCUGUCUGGCUCUCUAAUACCUCAUUGGGAUGAUGAAAAAUCAACAACUUCAAUCUCAGAAGCUGAAGAAAAGACCAUUAAUGCAGUUUCUGAGGAGAAGAUAACUCCCUUAAAAGACAAUAGUGGCACUACUGGUGGAAUUCUUGAAACUGUUCGUUCAGAAGUUAGACGGGCUAUCUCUAACUUGGAGAGUGACUUAAAACUUGUCAAAUUAAGGAGUGAUUCUGAUGUUAUUGAUAGCUACAUCAAUUCUGAUGUUCUUCAUGAACUGGAAGAUCCUAAUGCAGUUGAAUUAGUAGAAGAUUUUAGAGAGGAAUUUGCUAGGGAGCUGGAAGAGUGUGAAGAACGUACCAGGAAACUUCGAGCGGAAUUAGCUGUUGAAGAGCAUCGUGAGAUUGAAUUAUUUAAAAUUCUUAACGACACUGUUCCUGAACCAAAGACUCCUGUUGUGCAGAAAACUCGUGCAGUAAGAAAGGCUAGUUUUGAAAGGAAGAAAGUGUCUAGGCACCUUGAAGAAGAUGCAUUGGCUUUUUUUGACGAAUGUGUUUCAAUAUCAACAUUUGAUGAGUCUGACUUUUCUUCUAUAGAGGAUCUACCCUCCAUGGUCAGUGUUGAUGGCCCAGGCAGUGAUAGAGUAGGUUUACCUGGAAUUCCAAGCAGAUUUAGUGAUGCUUACUCCUUUGAGACCCAGAGAACUCCAUUUGGGCAAUGUCACGAGGGUUCUCCACUUAAAAGAAGUUAUAAUAGCUCAUUGUCAAAAUCUCCCUCCAUUUCACUUGAAGAAGACAUAAGAAACUAUGUCAAAAGUUUUUCUAAGGAUAGUGAAGGAGAAACCAGCAACUCUGAUAGAACAAGUACUCGAAGCAUCAAAGACUACAAUUGUGAGAUACCUGUGGAGAAACUUUUGCUGGACCGGGUAACGUUUAGGAGCAGAAUAGAAUCUGGGGGAAUGUUAUUAUGUGGUGGGGGUGCUUUUUCAGCGGCUCCCUUUUCUUCAGUCUUAUGGUAAAUAGCUCUGCAUAUCUGCAAUUUUUUUGUGUACAGAAUUCUAUGACUUCCGAAGAUCUUGUAUACAUGGUAAGCCUUCUGCAAUGAAAUAUAAAAAUCAUUUAUGAAAACACCGUUCAAUCUUGCAAUAUUCA